AUGGGCAAUAGAUUAAGCCAACUUGCUAGAGAUAGGAUAUAUUUGUGCAAAAGAUCAAAUGAUAGAAGUGAUCUAAACCUCUCAUCAUGUGGAUUAAACCGAGUACCUCGUCGGAUACAAAGGUUUAGAAGAACUUUGACCAAGUUGAACGUAGGAAAGAACUUCCUUAGUGAGUUCAACAAAUAUAUCGAAAGGUUCUACGUUUUGGAGACUCUGAUUGCCGAUUCAAAUGAACUUAAGAUCAUAUGGCCAGGUCUUUCCCAACUUCAAUAUCUCAAACAUCUGGAUGUAUCAAAUAAUCUACUCACAAUGGCACCUUCCUACUUAAACUCUCUGAUACAUCUCAAUAUUUCCUACAACUCUAUCCAAUCAUUUCCAAAUGGCAUCCAACUUCCUGUCCUAGAGGAACUCCUCUAUUCGCACAAUCGAGUCUCCCUCUUCCCUACACCAAUCUUGGAACUAUCACAUCUUCAUAUGUUGGAUAUGAGUGGAAACCAAUUGGCAUAUAUACCUGAUGAGAUUAGUCAACUAGCCGGAACUUUACGGCAUUUGGAUAUCUCAGAUAAUCAAUUCACUUCAUUCCCCCCAUCUGUUGCCACCCUGAUUGGACUUCGUUCUUUGCGACUAGCAGGCAAUAAUCUUGGAACUCUAUCUCCAUCUUUUACUAGCCUCGUUGCCCUGGAAAUUUUGGACCUUCACCAAUGUUCAUUGAUUUCCUUUGAUUUCGACCUGGGCAACUUAGAGAACCUGACCGAGUUGUCUCUUUCAGAGAACAGACUGUUGGAACUCAGUAUAACUACUUCCAACAGCCUAGGACUUUUAAAGAAGAUGAAGAACCUAGAUCUCAGCUCGAACCAGCUUACAACUAUCCCCAAACAAGUUGGAUGGCUCACCAAUCUCCGUCGACUUAACUUGAGUCAAAACCAGUUGACCAGAGUCCCUGGUGAACUGUCUCUCCUCAAUCCCUCAAUCGAUAUUAUCCUGGUACCAAACCCUCUAGAGUACCCUUUCUGUGAGUGGAUCAAGGAUGGAAUGCCCCUCUUCCUCCAGAGCAUUAGACCAAUGAUGAAGUGUUAUGGCCCGAACUGCUAUGUUAGUGGUCUGGAGAAAUCAUUGAGCGCCAACGCACCCAAUCAAUUCUUUAUUCAUUCAAUUGAUUAUGCAGGAGUUCCCAGAGUCAGUGGAGGUGAUAUCUUUGAUGUAAAGAUGAUUCUGGACGGUUCAGAGUCACCGGAUCUAAGUGGAGCAAACACCAACUCUUCAAGAGCCUCCACCUCCUUCUACAAGGACAUUGUCUGCAUUGUUAAAGACAACUUUAAGGCUCAAAAGACAGCCACCUACUCAGUCUUUUUUAAUUCCCCCCAGACUGGUUCCUAUGCGAUACAUAUAUCAUCUGAUGGAUGCCCUAUUACAGGAUCUCCAUUUUCUCUCGAAUUAGUU